AACAACUUUCACUCUAAGAUGAAACAUUUUGAGUGUUGAGAAAGGUAUAUGAAGCUCGGUAGCCGGAGGAAGCACGGUGGAUAUACACUGGCGAGAAUCAGGACGGUCCCACACGAGACAAGAUUUACCUCUCCCAAAAGCACAAGUGGAAGGAGCAUAGGAUAAAAAUUAGUACAUGAAAUUAGGUUUCAAGAAGGAUAUUUGAGAAUGUGCUUUGUGAGGCAUCGUCAGUAGGAGUAAGCAAUCCAGUCAAAUAUAUUCUUCUUUUUUUCUCUGCCUUUGCUUUUGUCCACUAUAAAACAAAUCUCAUCCUCCUCUCUUGCCCUACACUCACAAAACAAACACACUCUCUUCUUGAUCAUUUUCUCUUUUGAGUUUUUGAGUUUAAGGACUUAAAAGAGAAAACGCUAUGGUCAAGUUCACAAAGCAAUUCGAGGGGCAGCUUGUGCCCGAAUGGAAAGACGCCUUCGUUGAUUACUCUCAGCUCAAGAAAGACCUCAAGAAAAUCCAUUUGUUCACCAAUGGAGUUGAGAAGAAGCACACAGAAACUUCUCUCAUCAAAACCGUUAAGUCCUCUUUAGGAAGGCUUUCCAUUUUCGGUAAUAAGGGGCGGGAACAAUCUCGUGUCAUCCAAGUUCAUAAGAAGCUUGCUUCUUCUGGAAGUAACAAUGACGUGUAUGAAACGGAACUUCUGGAGAAGAUUGCUGAUGACACUGAUGCUGCGAAAGAGUUCUUCGCAUGUCUGGACAUGCAGCUUAACAAAGUGAAUCAGUUCUACAAGACAAAGGAGAAAGAGUUCUUGGAGAGAGGAGAGUGUUUAAAGAAGCAAAUGGAUAUACUCAUUGAGCUCAAAGAUGCUUUCAAACAAAAGCAAGCCAAUGGAGAGUCUACUCAAGAAUCAAAAGAAGACGAUUCCAUAUCAUGCACCAUCUCUUGCGAGUACGACUCUGUUAGGGGCAGAACCGAGGAAAUGCAACUUCAGGUAUCUUGCUUAGAUAAUUUGGAGGAUAAUGGGGAAGAAGCAUUGGAGUCUCUGGGAUCAGAAGAACCGAUCAAAGCUAACAACGAGGACUCGAAGCUGACCACGGUUUCUAGUCGUGUUUUCAGCUGCCAAGGGAAGAAUGUGAAGAUCAAGAUUCCAUUGACAAAUCCUUCUCGUACAUUCUCAGCUAUCAGUUACUUGAUAAACCAGUCUUCAUCGAAGAAAAAUGGUCCAGAUGGAGGAAAUAAGCUGCAGAUCAGCAAGAAAAAACUAAGCCACGCCGAGAAGAUGAUAAAAGGAGCUUUGACAGAACUCUUUAAAGGGCUAAAUUAUCUCAAAACUUACAGAAACUUGAACAUAUUAGCCUUCAUGAACAUUCUCAAAAAGUUCGAUAAGGUAACUGGAAAACAAAUCCUUCCAAUUUACCUCAAAGUGGUGGAAAGUUCUUACUUCAAUAUUUCAGACAAGGUGAUGAUUCUAUCAGAUGAAGUUGAGGAAUGGUUCAUCAAGCACUUGGCAGGAGAAAAUCGCAGAAAGGCGAUGAAAUAUCUGAAACCGCACCACCGUAAAGAGUCUCACUCUGUCACCUUCUUCAUUGGUCUUUUCACUGGUUGCUUUGUUGCUCUUCUUGCUGGCUAUAUCAUUGUGGCUCAUCUCACUGGAAUGUAUAGACAACACUCUGCGAACACUUUCUACAUGGAAACUGCUUAUCCUGUACUUAGCAUGUUUGGACUCUUGUUUUUGCACUUAUUCUUAUACGGUUGCAACAUAUUUAUGUGGCGAAAAGCGAGGAUAAACUAUAGUUUCAUCUUCGAACUCGGGUCAAAAAAUGAGCUCAAGUACAGAGAUGUUUUCUUGAUAUGUACUGCUUCAAUGUCUGCGAUAGCCGGUGUCAUGUUUGUUCAUCUAUCACUUCUGGAAAAAGGUUACUCCUUUCGACAAGUUCAAGUGAUCCCUGGCCUUCUACUACUGGGUUUCUUGCUGAUACUGAUUUGUCCCUUGAACAUAUUUUACAAAUCGAGCCGUUACAGGCUUAUAUCAGUCAUUAGAAACAUAGUUUUUUCACCUCUUUACAAAGUUGUGAUGCUCGAUUUCUUCAUGGCUGAUCAACUUUGUAGUCAGGUACCGAUGCUAAGGAACCUAGAAUACAUCGCCUGCUACUAUAUAACCGGUAGCUAUGCAACACAGGACUAUGAAUAUUGUAUGAGAGUCAAAUACUACAGAGAUCUCGCAUAUGCUGUUUCCUUCCUCCCAUACUACUGGAGAGCAAUGCAGUGUGCAAGGAGGUGGUUUGAUGAAGGUGAAACGAGCCACCUAGUGAACCUAGGGAAGUACGUUUCAGCUAUGUUAGCCGCUGGAACAAAAGUGGCUUACGAAAAGGAGAGGAGCCUUGGUUGGCUCUGUCUUGUGGUGGCUAUGUCAAGUGUAGCUACAAUUUACCAAUUGUAUUGGGACUUUGUAAAAGAUUGGGGUUUACUUCAACAUAACUCCAACAACCCUUGGCUUAGGAACCAACUCAUGCUUCGCCAAAAAUCUAUUUACUACUUCUCUAUGGUACAAACCCAAAUCUUAUAUCCAAAAAUCUCAACAAGAAAAUGAACAAAGAAAACAAAACUAGUGAGAACAAUUUGAUUCUCCUCUUCAAUUUUUCUCAUACUUAUGCUCCGCGAUUCAUUCUGAUUUCUUUUGUAGGUUCUAAAUCUUGUUCUGAGGUUGGCAUGGCUACAAACAGUUUUGCACUCAAGUUUUGAGCAUGUGGAUUACAGAGUCACAGGAUUGUUCUUGGCUGCUCUUGAAGUCAUCAGAAGAGGACAAUGGAACUUUUACCGAUUGGAGAAUGAGCAUCUAAAUAAUGCAGGGAAAUUUCGCGCUGUAAAGACAGUGCCGCUUCCUUUCAGAGAAGUGGAUGAAGAAGACUAAUCUGAUCUGGUCGAUCAUCAUAUAUUGUUUGCUUCGUCAGAUUUGAAAGAACAAGAGAAGAAAAAGAAGGGGGAAGGAUUUGUUCUUUCUUGAUCAACCAUAUUUUGUGAUCAGUGAUCAAGAAUCUUCAAAAUUAAUAUUAUUCUUGUUCAGAAAUUGAUGUAACUAAAGAAUUCUCCCAUUUGUUUUCCCAUCGUUCAUCACCAAAACAUUGAAGGAAAAAAACAAACUAAAAGAGUUAUAUCUUUACAUCAACAAUCGCCAUGUUUUGAGCUAAUAUAGUCCC